AUGGGGGAUCACUUUGAUUUACUGGUUGAUCGAUUGCUUACGGAAUCGACGUUAGAGGCUGCGAUUGAAAGCGGAAAGCGGGCGAUGCAGGCUGCAUCCUCCGUGGUGGUGAAUGACGCGGAGAUUGAUCUGUCUUUGUUGAAGGUGGGUUUGGAGAGUGUCAAAUGUUCGGGGAAGAUGGUGGAAUGUAGGAUAUGUCAUGAUGAUGAUGAUGAUUCGAAUAUGGAGACACCUUGCUCUUGUUGUGGUAGUUUGAAGUACGCACACCGAAGAUGUAUACAACGGUGGUGCAAUGAGAAGGGUGACACCACCUGUGAGAUAUGCCACCAGCCGUUCAAACCUGAUUAUACAGCUCCUCCUCCACUAUUUCAAUUUGGACGUAUUCCAAUGAGUUUCAGGGGAAAUUGGGAAAUUUCGCGAAGAGACUUGAAUAGUACUCAUUUAGUUAGCAUGGUUCCCUCUGACCAAAGCCUUAACAAUUCUAACUACGAUCAAUAUUCCGCCCCUUCUUCAGGAAGUUUGAUAUGCUGUCGCUCGGUUGCUAUCAUUUUCAUGGUUCUGUUGAUUUUAAGACAUACACUUCCCCUACUAAUUAGUGGAAGCAAAGACUUUUAUUUCCCGCUUUUCAUGGUGUUAUUAUUUCGAAGUGCUGGAAUUGUCGUACCUAUAUACUUCAUGGUUAGAGCAGUGGCACUAAUCCAGCGACAUCGGAGACAACAUCGAGAGCAUCCUAGUGUCUUGGUAAGUUCAUCGGAUGAUGAAAUCGAUCAAGAAGGUUUGCAGCCUCAACCUCAUAUCAUACAUUUAGUGUAA